CCCAGUUGUUAGAUUGCCAGGCUUGUGCUGCCACAGCCAGCUCACCCGUAGCACUUCUGACCCCUGCAUCUUGAACCAGUUCAAGGUCCCAAUUCCUUGGACUAAGAAGUGUAAGACUUGCUGCUGCUGAUGCCUGAGGGUUUAGACAUGCUGAACUGAGCUCUGUAGCACUAGGACUGAGGAGACCUAGGACUGAGGAUCCCAGCACCUGUGCUAUAGGCUUCUUCUUCCCUACUCAGAUUUCCAUCUGGCUUAAAAAAAACAAACCCUUCUGCUUAUUUCCUGAACCAGCCUCUGCAGCUGCCCUAUACCUCCCUUGGACAUCCCAUCUGCCUGUUCUAUAGGUCAAGUGGUUAUUCCUGGUUGUCAACUUGACUAUAUCUGGAAUGAACUACAAUCUAGAAUUGGAAGGCUCACCUAUGAUCCUAAUCUGGAGGCUCAAAGAUGUAAGUUUCUGACCUGGAUCUUGGCAUGGAGAUCUUGAAGCAUAGUGGCUAUGAAUCCCAGAAGAUUAAGACAAGGAGAUCUCCGAGUUCAAGAUCAUCUAGGAUUAAAGGCAUGGAGGCACACCCUCUGCUGGAGACCCACACACCUUUAAUCUGGGCCACACCCUCUGCUGGAGACCUACAGCAUUUAAUGUGGGCUACACCCUCUGCUGGAGAUCUAUAUAAGGACAUUGGAAGAAGGAAGAUUGACUCACUCUUCCUUGCCUGCUUGUCUCUGGGACUGAGCAACUGCUAGAUCCUUAGACUUCCAUCCACAGCUGCUGCUGACCAUUGUUGGAGAGUUGGACUAUAGACUAUUCCUUCUGCUGAAGAGAGGAAAUCUCAUCCAAGGCCACAAUGUCACUUCCCAAUUAUCCGAGUGCUGCCUACUCAAGCUAACACUGCCAGAAUCCUGCUCCCUUGGGAGGAAUCAAGCUGACUUGGCAUGAGGUUCCUGCCUUCCUGGGGUUGAAUGAACACAACUAUGGCGUCUCUUGAUGACCCAGGGGAAGUGAGGGAAGGCUUCCUGUGCCCUUUGUGCCUGAAGGACCUUCAGUCUUUCUAUCAACUUCAGUCACAUUAUGAGGAAGAACAUUCGGAAGAUCGUGAUGUCAAAGGACAAAUUAAAAAUCUUGUUCAGAAGGCUAGGAAAGCAAAGAACAGGUUGUUGAAACGAGAAGGAGAUGAUCGAGUGGAACCAGCGACCCAAGGAUACGAAUCUUUCAGUUAUGGUGGGGUUGAUCCUUACAUGUGGGAACCUCAAGAGCUUGGUGCUAUGAGAAGCCAUCUUUCUGACUUCAAAAAACAUCGUGCUGCAAGAAUUGACCACUAUGUUGUUGAGGUCAAUAAAUUAAUAAUUAGGUUGGAAAAGCUUACUGCAUUUGACAGAACAAAUACUGAGACCUCAAAGAUUAGAGCAAUAGAAAAGUCCGUGGUGCCUUGGGUCAAUGACCAGGAUGUUCCUUUCUGUCCAGACUGUGGGAAUAAGUUCAGCAUCCGGAACCGCCGUCACCACUGCCGCCUCUGCGGGUCUAUCAUGUGCAAGAAGUGUAUGGAGCUCAUUGGCCUGCCUUUGGCAAAUAAGCUCACCAGUGCCAGCAAGGACUCCCUGAGUACCCACACCAGCCCCAGCCAGUCACCUAACAGUGUCCAUGGCUCCCGCCGGGGCAGCAUCAGUAGCAUGAGCAGUGUCAGCUCAGUCCUGGAUGAGAAGGAUGAUGACCGCAUCCGCUGCUGCACACACUGCAAGGACACACUGCUCAAGCGAGAGCAGCAGAUGGACGAGAAGGAGCACACGCCUGACAUCGUGAAGCUCUACGAGAAACUUCGACUUUGCAUGGAGAAAGUUGACCAGAAAGCUCCUGAAUACAUCAGGAUGGCAGCAUCCUUAAAUGCUGGGGAGACAACCUACAGUCUGGAGCAUGCCAAUGACCUUCGAGUGGAAGUGCAGAAAGUGUACGAGCUAAUAGAUGCUUUAAGUAAGAAGAUCUUAACCUUGGGUUUGAACCAAGACCCUUCACCACAUCCAAACACUUUGCGGCUACAGAGAAUGAUCAGAUAUUCAGCUACACUAUUUGUGCAGGAAAAGUUACUGGGUUUGAUGUCACUGCCAACCAAAGAACAGUUUGAAGAACUGAAAAAGAAAAGGAAGCAGGACCUAGAACAGAAGAGGACCGUGGAGAGACAGGCUGCUCUGGAGUCCCGGCGGAAGCUUGAAGAAAGGCAGAGUGGUUUGGCAUCUCACACAGCCAAUGGGGACGUGACAUCUCUUCGAGGCAUUCCUGCCCCCUUGCGAAAGGCUGAGGGCUGGCUCCCACUGUCAGCAGGUCAGGGGCAGAGUGAAGACCCUGACCCUCUCCUCCAGCAAAUCUACAACAUUACAUCAUUCAUCAGGCAGGCCAAGGCUGCAGGCCGCACAGAUGAGGUGCGCACACUUCAAGAGAACCUGCGGCAGCUGCAGGAUGAGUAUGACCAGCAACAGACUGAGAAGGCCAUUGAGCUGUCCCGGAGACAGGCCGAGGAAGAGGAGCUGCAGCGGGAGCAGCUACAGAUGCUCCGCAAGCGGGAGCUGGAGCGAGAACAAGAGCAGUUCCUGGCAGCAUCCCUGCACACACGGACUCGUGUUCUAGAACUCCGAGAAGUUAUACCCUUCCAGUUGGAGCCCAGCCGAGGGCCUCACACUGAUCUUUCCUAUUCCUUAGAUCAAGACUCUUCCCCAGUUCAGAGCAGCACAGCUCCUAACACUCUUUCACCUGGCUCAGCCCUGGCACCCAUCCACUUGUGGUCUGGGCCCCCAGCCCUUGGCCAAGAAUCACUCCCUCAGAGCACCAUGUCACAGCAAAGUGGUAAGACCUCACUCAACCCGUUUGAUGAAGAAGACCUCUCCAGCCCUACCGAGGGUGCUAUCAGCCCUGCUGCUGUAGAGGCUUUCCUGGGCCCUCCAGCUGCUGUCACCAAAGAAUACAAUCCUUUUGAGGAAGACGCUGAGGAAGAGGAGGUGGCAGAGUUGGGAGCAGGGAACCCCUUCACUGACCCAGACAGUCCAGCACCCAACCCUUUUGAUGAGGAUGACCAUCCCAGGCCUGCCAGUCCAGCCGCCCCUGGAAACCCUUUUGAAGAGUGUCCCUGCACCAACCCCUUCGAGGUAGACAGUGAUAGUGGCAUGGAGGCUGAGGAACACAUUGAGGAGGAGCUGCUCCUGCAGCAAAUUGACAACAUCAAGGCUUACAUCUUUGAUGCUAAGCAGUGUGGUCGAAUGGAUGAGGUUGAGGUUCUGACGGAGAACCUUCGGGAGCUGAAGUGCACCCUGGCUAAGCAGAAGGGGCCCCCUAACUGACGGCAGUGGGCAGGAACUGGGCAGAGUCUUGGGCAGCAGGAUAUCAAGUGGGAGGAGGAGAUGGGCCGGCAUCUGAACACACACAGGUCAAGUCGGGGUGGAAACAGUAGUCUCUUGCUGUGCACUUUGAGAUAUUUCCACUACAGUUGAACAAGAACAGGAAAAAAAUCGGCAUUCAUGUGCUGGUUUAUCUGUAUUAUUUUUUUAAUGAAGUGUUCCCUUUUCAGGGGACUUUACCAUUUUAUUUUCAAGAUAUAGCUCUGUUGGGACAAGGCAGAAACGGCUCCUGGGCACCUCUUAGUCCAUUUUAUGCUGAUUAUUCUUGGUCAUUAUGCAGUAUUAUAGGGCAGCCCUUGACAGGCCCCUUCCUGUAGUCAAGAUAGUAAGGGGCUCUAGCAGAAGACUGUCCUGACUUGGUUGCUCCCUUUCAGCGUGCCCCUGCUUGGACUGUCUCCUGGACACUUAGGGAGAUACUGCUGUGAAGGGGAAGGUCUAGACCCAGUGGGACCAGUGCCUCUUUUUAUGGAUGGCAAGAAUGUUGCCAAUGUUGUUCCCUCCAGUUAAAGGAAGUAAAAUUUCCAGGUGUGAGGGUGAUGAGGUGGUCCUGCCAGUGUGAGUUUGAUAAUGAGGUAGUAAUGAUCAAGAUUUUGGUGGAUGUUAUGGUUUGGGAGAAGUUUCUACUUGUGCAAUUGUCUGGUCCUCUGGAAACCUCCUUCUAGGACUUUGUAGAAUGACCACUUUAUAGGUCAUGUUCAAGGUCCUGUUAAUUUGGAAUUGUGACUGGGAAGCUUCUGUGGAGUAUUGGCAGGUGAUGGAACACUUCUGAGUUAGGAGAUAAAUUUCCAAGGCCUCCAGUCAGCCUUCUUCCUUGUGGUUUAUCUGACCUGGGAAACUGGUAGAAUGUUAUUUUACUACUUCGAGUACUGAGAAACAGAAAUAUUUGAGGCACAGCCUGAGAUCAUUCCACAGCCCUGACGUACUUAAACUCUUGAUAAAAGACAGAAAGGAAAGUUAUAUAGUUAAUGCUUUGGUUUACAGGAAAAGAUCGAUUGACAGAUGACCUUGUAAGAUCCUUGAUGUGCUCAGCUAUGGGUGAUUUCUUCAGUGACACUCUUUAGUUGAUGGACAAUACCUGUUCACUAGUUACUUUCCCUUCAACUUACUCUGGGCCACGCCUUUUGUUGGUUACUGUUGUAUAAGCUGGAAUUCUUUUGUCACAUUCUGGUUAAGAUCCAUCUUGGUGGUAAGAAUGUUAUCAGGGUGCAAAGAUCUCUGUUUUGGCAGCUUUAAUCCCAAUUCCUUAGUACAUCUUGGGGCUUUGGCUGGAUAGAGAGAGCCCUGUGUUGGGCUGUGGGAAAGGUUGGAGAGGAAGGUAAGAACCCUUUUUGAGUUCUUUGACAGACAUUUACUGGCUUGCUAGUGGAUUACCAGCCAUUGGCCAGUUCUGUUGGUGUCAUGGCUGUUCUGGAAUGUAGGCAGCCUUCCAGGUAUCUUAUGUUACCUGGGGCAGGCUUCCUCUCUUUCUAAAGCCCAGUCUCUAGGCAUGCCCAACAUAUCCACCCUGCUUGGACUGCCUUUGUCUGAUAGAAAAAGAGGCAGUCCUAACACAAGAAUGAAGCUGAAUUCUGAGUUCCACCAUUACUUUUCCUGACACAGAUCAGGUGUUCAGGGUGGUACAACUGUAGACAUUGCUUUUUACCCCUUGUCUGUAUCACUUCCCAGAAUUCAUGCAGGUCAGAGUUGGUUUGCAGAGUGUUUGGCCUGUGAGUGAACCACAGUGCCAGAGUGUUACCUUGGGUGAAUACUUUAUGAUUCUUCCCAAGGUCCCAAGCUGCACCUCAGCAAUGAAGGAGCACGUCCUUGCUAAGGUGUUGGCAAAUCCCUUAGGUGUAGGUCCUGCUCAUAGUGGAAGGGCUUCUUGCUUUGUUCCCUUCUAUCACACUACGGAACUGGAGCCUUACUCACAGCACUUACCACACAUCAUGUCUUUGUUGUCAGAUGUUAAAACAGCUUUCUAAGUCAUCAUGAGCCAUGUUGUGUAGCUAUGCCAUGCAGUUCAAAUUGUGGAAUUGGCCUCUGUACGAGGUCAGACUAGAGCACGGUGUGCUGGUAAUCGUGAUGACUGUCAGCAAGAUGGUCAUUGACUUGCAUGCACUACACUGGGGCCUUGUAUCAGAGGCUUUUAUUAAAGAAAUAAAAUACCAUUUAUGUGA